UUAAAAAAUCAUGGACGAAAUUAAAAUUGAACAGCCUAAAGUACAAACCAGACUUAUUAUUCCGCAGGAAAAAUAUGAUUUACUUGUGUGGACCGAACACGAAAAAUUAUUUCGCGAAAGAGCUGCGUUUAGAAACAAAAUCUUGGCUGAAAUUCUUGUACCGUUUACGAUAGCUCUCCAAGUAAAGCUUCGCAGAUCUCUCCUAGGAACUUACUUGGAACACAUGAAUGAAAAUCAGUGGCAAAAUGAAUUUCUUAACAUGAAUAAAUUAGCUGUUACGGAUACGGUUAUGGAAAAUUUUAGUUCAAAGCAGUGGAAAAAAUUUGAAUAUAAUAACAAUUAUUUACUUGAUGAAGUAAUGGAUGUUUUAAAAAGAACCGUUACAGAAAGUGGCAAAGUGGAUUGCCGAUUUAUUUAUGAACGUGCUACCUUUCUCAGAUUAGACGAUUACCACAUAAACAUGGUCGACGAUGGUUUAAGAAGUUUUAAGAAUCUUCAAGUGUUGGUAAUUUGUGGUAAUUGGAUAAACGAUAUAUACGGUGUUGUACUUCCUCGAAGCCUGAAAUUUCUGGAACUCUACGUAAAUGAAAUCAACUCGAUGGAAAAUUUGGCCCCAAAAGCCCCUAAACGUCUGGAGUAUCUAGGCUUAGCCAGAAACAGACUAACAAACAACAGCGCUCUCCAUCUGUUAGGAGAAGCCGAACGCUUCUUGAAUUUAAGAACUCUGGAUUUAGGGGAGUGCGACAUCUACCGUCUAGUCAACAUAUUAGAGUCUCUCAAGCAACUGUACCAACUAGAAGGUUUGUGUCUACAGGGAAACCCUUGUUCGAUGGUAAUGGGUUACAAAGAUAUCGUUUUAAGUUAUUUCCCUUACUUAAUCUUUUUGGAUGGAGUUGAAAUACUGAAAGAAGAUCGAAAACUUUCCGACGAAUUUAUGAAUGGUUCCGAAAAUGCAGAAUUAAUAUUAAUGUGCUCGAAGCUUACGGGGCUACCAAAACCACCUAAAGCCGAUAAACAAGUAAAACAAACUAUUCAUAUUGAAUUCGUAAUGCCUUUGUUUCAAGAAAGUACAAUAGAAGACGUAGAAGCUGACGAAAGUGAUAAAGAUGAUGAUGACCAAAAAAAGAAAGGAGGUAAAGGAAAAUCAGGAAAAAAGGAUAAAAAAGAUAAGAAAAAAACGAAAGGCUCCAAAAAGGGAAAAGGUUCGAAGAAAAGUUCAAAGAAGUCACCUUACGAAAAAGAAAACGAAUACAAUCCUCAAAAAAAGAAUAACUCUUUUCAAACCGUGAGAAAACCUUGGAAUAACAAUAUGAAAUUUCCACCUAUUAUUCUUCAGUCGCCCGAAAAUAAUUUAGAAGCUUAUAGGGAUAGUUUUCGAAGUUGCGUUAACGUUCGUGUGGUAUAUUUAAUGUUUCUUCCACCGAAAAAUGAUAAAAAAGGCAAAAAAGGUAAGAAAGGUUCGAAGGAAGGUAAAAAAAAGAAAAGCAAAUCGUCUAAAAAUUCCAAGAAGACUGACAGUAAAAAAGGCAAAAAAUCAAAAAAAGGAAAAGAAAAAACAUCGAGUGAGCAUAAUAAAUCCAAUAAAUCAGAAACAAGUGAACGAAGCGAAAAAAUUGUACAGAAAGAACCAAAACCACCAACAGAAAAAAUUUUGAAACGAGUCACCGUAGCAGAAUUUAACUGCAAUCUAUUUAGUAUUACCUGGAAAGACGACAUACAUUUUUAUUGGGCUGACCAGUCACCAUUUGGAAAUAAAGCUGUCGAACUUUAUAGUUAUCUAGAACGUUUAAAGAAAGAAGCCGAAGAACAAGCACGAAUUGAAGCUGAAAAGAAAAACGAGAAGUUAGCCGAAAAACUUGAUAAAAAACAUGAUAAAAAGUCGAAAUCCGAUAAAAGUGAGAAAAGUAAAAACAGUAAAAGCUCUAAAAAAUCCGAAAAGAAGUCUAAGAAAUCUAAAAAGAAAAAGAAAUCGAAAGCUGAACCUGUAGUGUCUUGCCAGGUGAGUUUUGGUUUGUCACGUCUGGGUCAAGAACUGAAAGAUGUCAAAAGUACGACCGACGUUAAGGAAAAAACAAAUAAAGGGAAAAACAAGAAGAAGAAGAACGCAAAAUAA